AUGGUGUUGUCAUUCAUCUUGAUCCAGAAUCGGCAAGGUAAAACCCGCCUUGCCAAAUGGUACGCGCCGUACAAUGAUGAAGAGAAGAUCAAGCUCAAGGGCGAAGUACACCGUCUCGUCGCACCUCGCGAUCAGAAGUACCAGUCCAACUUCGUAGAGUUCCGCAACAACAAGAUCGUCUACCGGCGAUACGCGGGCCUCUUCUUCUGCGUCUGUGUAGAUGCCAACGACAAUGAAUUAGCAUACCUAGAAGCUAUACACUUCUUCGUCGAAGUGCUGGACAGCUUCUUCGGGAACGUGUGCGAGCUAGAUCUAGUAUUCAAUUUCUAUAAGGUCUACGCGAUCUUAGAUGAAGUCUUCCUAGCUGGCGAGAUCGAGGAGACAAGCAAACAGGUGGUCCUUACACGACUGGAACACCUGGAUAAGCUGGAAUGA